GAUACCAACCAUAGACAAUUCAUUAUUGUUAUAGAACAUCACUAUGUGGAAUCCACCUGUCAUGCCUAUACAUGUCAAAAAUUCCAAAGUUUGUUAUGUAGAGGGGUGGAAGUAAGUUGUAGUCGUACAACAAGGUGCAAGUUCUGUAAUUAAUUAUGUAGAUUAUCAAUGCUAUUGUUCACGAAGAAUCCGCUGUGAAACGUAAAAACUAUUCAGUUAUUCUCAUGGAACGUGAAGAAAGUUUAUUGUGAAAGGUAUACUUCGACUAGGUAUGCCGUCAUCAAUUUCGGAUGUGUAAUAAAGACUUAAUUGUCACAAACGUGGUUCUAUACUAAAUCAAAAGUUGUUUGAUUGGGAAAUAGAUUAAAUAUACUUCGUAAUACAUAUGUCGGGAUUUCAACCUCGUGAUACAAUGCCCAAGAUGGGGCACGUAACAGAUUUGCGAGAGCAAUGGUUGGUGCGCACUGACGGCGCGCUGGCUCAUCGCCUCCAAGACCGUGAAAUUUCGACGCAUCUCUGUGAGAACAGGUAUCGCAAUCAACAGAUACGUGAAGACUUCCCAGUAGCUUUAAACGAACAGAGGGAUAUCGAACACGAAGUACAAUUGCGCGAACUCGCGCGCCGUCGACAAGCGGAGAUAGACGCAGAAAUAGCGCGAGAAAUGGCUGAGAUCAAUAUAAGACGACAACGACGCGUGCAUAACCCUGAAAUGCUUGUCCAGCCCAGUUCAUCAAAAGCAACACCAGCGCCUCCGCCUCCUGACAUUAACCCUGACGAAUUGGGUCUAUCUGCCUCUGAACUUGAAGAAAUGAGGCGAAGGCUAGAACAGGAAGAGCGAGAUGCACAUUUAGCCAGACAAUUAAGUCAUGAAGUUGAGGGUAAUGAAGCGAUACUUGCGGACAUGAAAUGCGCAGUUGAAGCGCAAGACGGUGAGCUCGCCCGCCUCUUACAGGAGAGGGAAUAUAAGAAACUACAAAGAGCAAAAGAGAAAGCACGACAAAAAGCACUCUUGAAGAAACAACAGAGAUUGGCGCAGAGAGAAAUACCGCCAGAACCACCUCAAACAAUGCUCUGCGAUGCUUAUAGUAAUCCCAGAGACAUGAUACGCCAGAAUGGUAUACGAUUAUGCAAAUCAGUUGACUCCGACCUCAAUUAUGUUGAACCAUUUGAAAAGGAAUGUAUACAAUCAAAAGCCAGUGCCUUACAAUCUAAAGAAAUAUCAAAACAGUAUUACGCACAAGAACCUGGAACUUCUAGCUCCAAUCUGAACAUAUCACACAACCAUUCAAGAUCCUUUGAAUCUAAGCCUCCUGCGAAUCUCAAUACAUCUAUACAUCAUCGGCAGCCACCACCGCCUCCAACAACCAGCAAAAAGCCGAGAUUUCCGGACCCAGUGAGCAUUAGACCAGCUUCUCACUACCCUACAGAUAAUAUUCUAUCGGACAACGAUGCACACACAUCAAUGCCUCACAGUGUAAGUGAAAACAAUAACUUAUAUAGCUCAGCAUUCCCUUCAGACAUGAAUGUGCCACCUCCAAGAAUGGGUUACGAUAAAUCUGACCCUUCCAAACGAUUAUCUGUAAUAUCUGAUAUAACUGCGGAAGGACUUGCUAAGAAAAAGAGCAAGCAAGCCGAUUUAAAUAAGAAAAGACGAGGCUGCAAAAUACAAUAGAUUUCAGUUAUAUUUCAUAUACUUUCUCCUAAUAAGAAUUCAUUUUUUUAAAGUAAUAACAAUUUAAUGAAUGCCAUUUUAAUUCUUAUGUUCAUGGAUCUAGAAAAAAUAUGAAAGUCUGAACUAUAUUAAAGCAAAGCAAAAGUACAUUCAUUUAUAACUUAGAUUACAAAAUAAAAAUUUAUAAUAUCUUAAUUUACGUUCAUAGCACGGCAUUACAUUUUUACUUUAUUUUUAUUAUUAUAACAAUAAACAAUAAUUUUCUUCAACAUCUCUCUCCACUGAAUUGAUUUUUUUUCGUAAAACCAGACAACUGUAGUUUUUAAAAUAUUGCAUGGUUUUCAUAUUAAAAACGGGCCGUUAAAAUUUCCAUAAUUUAUUCAUAUUAGAUCUGAAUAACAUGAUAUAAUCUUUUUAUUAUUUAUAUUGAAUUUAGUUAUUUUUCUAAGUAUUUAUUUUAUUUUACUAUAUUCUCUGUGGAUGUACCUGCAGGAUAUUUACCAAUGAGCCAUUUUGAAUUAAGUUUUGUUACUUUUUAAGGCUAUGUAUAGCCAGGGUUUUUAUUUAGAUUAUAACAAUUCAUUUCUUAUUUUUAGGUUAUUUUAAAUAUUUUAAAGAUAAUGUGUCCUUAACACAGGACACAUGUAUAAUUUUGGCCAUUUGAUACAAAUUUUGCAUUGUAAAAUUUUUGUUUACUUAAAUAUUAUCAACAUUCCAAACAUGUGAUUAAAUUUAUUUAUAAUUUAAUUUUAAGUUCAAGAUUACAUUUUCCAGAAGUCAAUUUGUUACUCUUUUGAUUAGAAAAUUUGAUUCUGUGUUCUCAUUUGAUAAGUUUGAUUUUUUUUCUCUAAUUAUGAUUUAAUAUAAGUAUAAAUUAUAAAUGCUCAAUUAUUGUCAAUUAAUGACUAGUCUUAAAAAAUAUUCAUACUAUCAAAAAUUCAUUUGAUUGUACUUAACAUUAACCAUCUUGUUACAAAAAACCUCCUAAUCAUUUAAACCUCUGUACAGUACGAUUAAAACUUUAUGGCGGCUAGUAACAUCGAACGAUCUGAUGCGCAGAAAACAAUUUUAGAUAUUACCGGAACGUUUGGGUUCCGGUAAUAUCUAAAAUUGUUGCGCCUGCUCGCCCGUGCAUUCGCAGCUAACUUCCGAACCGCCAUUAAGUUUUAACUUUGAAUCAAACUGUACUAAAGUUAAACCAUGACUUAAUCUGACUUUAAAUCAGGUCUGAUUAAUAAGAUGGUAUGAGUUUUAUAAAGACUGAAUUUCUUUUAUGGUAACAUUAUUUUAACUUUGCACAAUAAUAACUAUAAUUCUUGUUUUGAAACUAACAAGUAUUGAUUCAAAAAAUGUAUCUCGUCAAAUAUUUCAUAAACAGAUUUUUAUAUAUCCAUUAGGUUUAAGGUAGCUAUACUGUAUUAGAUUGUAUAUUUAUACCUGAAGAGGUGCUUUAAUUUAAUUUUAUUAUAAUCUUGAAUAUUUUGUAUUUAGUUAAGGUCUUCUCGAAUUUAUUGACAUACUAAUGUAACCUUUAUGUAACCAAUGACCUGCGAAGGGUUGAGUUAAACUUGAGUACCUCUAAAGAUUAGACGCCGUAAAAUUGUAAACACCGGUAGAUUAUAAUCCAAAGAGUUCGAUUAUAAUCCUUAUCGAGAGAUUUUUUAUCAGUAUAAUAAUAUAACUUCUGCUUACAAUUUAACGUAUUAUUUUUCGGUAAGUACCUAGAUUAUGAGCAAUCGAAAAAUAAUGCGUUAAAUUGCAAUAAAUAUUGCCAAUAGCUUUUAAAUGACCUUUCGCAUUUUUCAUGAAGGUAACUGGUUACAUAUAGGAUAUUGUUUAAGGAUAAGCUUUAACCGCAAUGUGGCCUUUACAGUGCCUUAUGGAACCGAACCAAACUGAAAAAUGUGUACAUGACACCUAAAUAUACAGUAUUUUUAAUUUUG